AUGUCAGGUGAAAGACCUCAGUUGCUGAGAAUUUAUCUGAACCGCCUUGUUCGUUCACUAGUCCCCCAAGAGCUUGGUGAUGAAUAUUCAAAAACAGUGUUUGAAGAGCUUAUGACUUUCAUUGAGCUGAGAUCAGAUUCAAGAAAAUUAUAUGAUAUUCAAGACGUAAUUACAAAAAUAAGAAAUGACACAGACUUGAAUAUAACUGAAUUUUUGAAUGUAAUUGAUAUAUUAACCAAAUUCAAAAGCACAGAAGAUAUCACAAAGUAUUUGGUUUUCAUUAACUCUAUGAAAGAUAUUCCCCCUGAAGGGUACACCAGGCAAGAUGAUGAUAUAUACAAUCCUACUUCUUUACCAAUAUCACGUGGUAAUCUGGGUCGUUUAGAAACAAUCAAUAUGGAUAUGGAUUCAAGAUCAAUUAUCGAGAGUCAUCAUGGGUUCAACAAUGCUGGGGAUUCUUUCGAAAAUAUCAAUUUCGAUAAGCUUUCUGACAGAAGAUCGCUUUAUUCUGCUACACCAAAUAGGACAUUUAACGACUCUAGGAAAUAUACUUUACAAGAAGUUCUUAUACCUUACCAAGAAAAUCAUGUUAAGGAAGAAGAUAUAUUGAGAAGUCUACCGUUCACACUAGAAGGGACAACAUCAAAUAUUUUUCCUAUUGAAAAUGGAUCAAUAAACCUAAUGGAAAAUCUCACAAAUAGUACCAGUGGUAUAGUUCAUAUUAUUUUGGAAUGUGGACUUUUAUACCAGAGCUUGACAACGAAACUGGACGCCUUCAAAAAGCAGCGGAUAUCUUCUGCUAUAAAAAAUGCAGUUAUGUCAUUUACCUCAGAAAAACUCACUGCAUAUACAAGGACCGUUAAUAACCUCUCAAUGAAACCACAAUUUUCAAUAUUGUCUUUGACAGCUGAGUUGUGUGAUGAAUUGGUUAACUUGAGAUUUUUGCAUUAUUUCUCAGCAAAACUGGAUGACCUACCAGGCAAUGAACUUCUAUCAUUAGCACAUGAUUUUACCUCACACGGUGAUCUAUCUAUUAGGCGUAUUGCCUGGGAUCUGUUGAUAUACUCAAUUGAAUCGUUUUCGAAGACUUUACGCUCAUGGCUUGUGAAUGGUGAGCUUCCAACAAGUUCGAAUGAGUUCUUUAUUUAUGAAUCUACGGAAAUACAAACUAUGGAUAAUACGGUCAACAUCAAAUAUGAUCAGAGUAAAGUUCCAAACUUUCUCACAGAUGAAAUGGCUUACAAGUGCUAUCUAAUAGGUAAAACUCGCAAUUUCCUUAAUAUGUUUUGCAAUGAGACGUCAUGGGUGAAUGACUUUUCCAAAAGAUUGAGCUUCAAGAUUGACAGUUACAGAAAUAAAAUAUCACAUAUUUAUAAUGAUUUUCAAUUUUCUCAACUAGUGGAUGAAAAUUACCAAGAUAUAAUAAGCUAUUUCACAGACACAAUGUAUACCAAAUUUAGGCUGUUUAAUAAUUUAGCAGCGUUCAAGGAUUAUUUACUCAUGGGUAAAGGUGAUUUUAUACAAUCAAUAAUAUUGUUUGGUAGUGAUCUUUUGAAUGAUCCUUCAUCUAUACUGUCUGGGCACCAACUCACUAAACUAUUACAAGAUGCUGUUCUAUCAUCAACUGUCAGAUAUAAGUUGAAAACACCACACCUCAAUACUUAUGUUAACAAUCUAGAUGCGAGAAUUCUUGAGAUAGGACAUGGAAAUAUAGGAUGGGAUGUAUUCACCCUAGAUUAUCAGCUUCAGCCACCAAUAGAUCAGAUUUUGAACUCACCAGACAAUACACAGAAAAAGGAAUAUCUGAAAGUGUUUAACUAUUUGUGGAAAUUUAAAAGGUUAGAGUACUUGCUUGAAAAUGAAUGGAAAGUACAGAUGAAUACUAGGAACAUACUGAGGAAGAAUAAAGUAUUCUACAGAAGGAUCAACAGAGUUGUAUUGAUCCAAAAUUUUCUAAGAGGAUUCAUUUUAUCAGUACAGAGAUUCAUAUUUGAGGAAAUAAUAAAUACAGCGUAUGCAUCGAUUUUGGAUGAUUUAAAAAAAUCAGACCCACAAUCAAAGCUUUCAACAACAAAAACAGGUAACGCUUUUAAAGUAGCAGAUGAUGUGCUUAUACCUUCCAAAAGUUAUAUGUCACAUAUAAAUAAAAGUCCAAGUACCAGGAAUGAUCAACUAUUCAAAGAACAAUCGAUGGAUUCUUUAAAAGAACUACACUAUGGUUUUUUGAUCUCUAUAACAAAACAUAAGCUAAUCAAUGGGUCAAGUUCUUCAGCUAAAGGAAAGAUUUCUAAUAAGUUAUAUAUAUCACAGUUAAAUGGUUUAACGAAUUUAGUUUUUAAGUUUGCCGUUACUGUGAAGGAGUUCAACAACUUGGUGAUGGAAUUAGGCAUACAAGAUAGUAUUGAUGAUAUUUCUUCGAUUAGGGAUAACGUUAACGAACGAUUUUCCAUAAUCUACAGCAAUCUUUUGAGUCUUUUUGGUGAAUUUAACAAGAACUUGAAAGUGUUCAUUAAUGAUUUGAGUAAUGAUGAUGAUUUAAACAUGAGAUACCUUGGGAUCUCCUUAAACCAAUAA